AUGUAUCGAAAAAUUAUUAUAACCUUCGCCCUGUUAGAGGUGGCGUUCGCCUCCUUUCUCGAUGGCGAUUUCAAGCUGCUUGAUGGUGUUAAACUUGUAGCCGUACGGGAUUCAAACAGCAUAGAAGAUGGGCGGUCGUUCGGAAACAAGCCGCUUUAUAGAAUAGCCAAGUUCCUCCAGAAUCACGAGUUGCAUGUUAAGUUGCCGAAUUUAAUCGAAAAAGACAAGAUCAGUCAGAUCUUCUCGGAAUCGAUGAAAAUUAUCGACGAUUCGAAUAAGGAAAAUAGUGCAACCGGACGAGGUAAGGGCGAUGGUGGAGCUAGUUCCUUGGCAUUACUAGGCCUCAUGUUCGCGAAAACGAUUGGUGCUGCUGGUAUAGGAGGUCUCGGUCUAUUGACUAUGAAGGCAUUAGCGGUAUCAGCCCUCGCUUUGAUGCUGUCAGCGAUCGUUGGAAUCAAGAAGCUUACCUCACAUGAUGACCACGACGAUCAUCAGGUCAUAUAUGCUGGUCAUCACGGUCACCACAGACGACGGCGAGACAUCAACACCCCACUACCGUACCAGGGCUGGACGGAAUACCAGAAUUAG